AGGGUGCCAGUGAUGCCUGGCUCGCCAGUGGAAGUGAAGAUCCAGUCAAGGUCCUCGCCGCCCAGCAUGCCACCGCUGCCCCCUGUGAACCCCGGUGGCCCCCGGCCCGUCUCCUUCACUCCAGCAGCACUGCCCAACGGGAUCAACCAUUCCCCACCGACGCUGAAUGGAGCCCCAUCUCCACCCCAGCGUUUCAGCAAUGGUCCUGCCUCAUCCUCAUCCUCCUCACUCACCAACCAGCAGCUCCCAGCCACCUGCGGUGCCCGACAGCUCAGCAAGCUGAAGCGUUUCCUCACAACCCUGCAGCAGUUUGGCAAUGACAUCUCUCCAGAGAUAGGAGAGAAGGUCCGGACCCUUGUUCUGGCCCUAGUGAACUCCACAGUGACAAUUGAGGAAUUUCACUGCAAGCUGCAAGAGGCGACGAACUUUCCCCUCCGGCCAUUUGUGAUCCCCUUUCUGAAGGCCAACCUCCCGCUGCUCCAGAGGGAGCUGCUGCACUGUGCCCGGGCUGCCAAGCAGACUCCGUCCCAGUACCUGGCACAGCACGAGCACAUCCUGCUCAACACAAACACCACGUCCCCGGCGGACUCCUCGGAGCUGCUCAUUGAGGUGAAUGGCAAUGGGAAGAAGCACAGUCCAGACAGAAGAGAGGAAAGCAGCUUCGAGAGGGAGUCACUCCCGACAGAGCCGCCGGCCAAGAGAGUGUGCACCAUCAGCCCGGCCCCGCGGCACAGUCCUGCCCUGAGCAUUCCCCUCAUGAACCCUGCGGGGCAGUUCCACCCCACGCCGCCUCCCCUCCAGCACUACACCCUGGAGGACAUCGCGUCUUCCCACCUGUACCGAGACCCCAGCAAGAUGUUGGAGCACCGGGACGUUCGUGACCGGCAUACCAGUCUCAAUUUGAAUGGAGGAUACCAGGACGAGCUGGUGGACCACCGCUUAACUGAGAGAGAGUGGGCGGAUGAGUGGAAGCAUCUCGAUCAUGCGCUGAACUGCAUCAUGGAGAUGGUGGAGAAGACCAGGCGCUCCAUGGCUGUCCUGCGGCGCUGUCAGGAGGCCGACCGCGAGGAGCUCAACUACUGGAAGAGGCGCUGCAGCGAGAACGCUGAGACGAGGAAGGCAGGGAGCGAGCUCCUCUCCAGGCAGCACAGUCCCAGCAGCUCCGACUCCAUCGGCAGUGAUUCCUUGCGGGAGUUCAGCAGCAGGUCGGGAACAGGCUAUGUCACUGAAGAGAUAUGGAAAAAAGCUGAAGAAGCCGUGAACGAGGUGAAGCGUCAAGCCAUGUCCGAGGUGCAGAAGGCUGUGGCAGAGGCCGAGCAGAAGGCGUUUGAGAUGAUUGCCUCCGAGAGGGCACGGAUGGAGCAGACCAUCGCGGACGCCAAGCGCCAAGCUACCGAGGAUGCUUUCUUAGUCAUAAAUGAGCAAGAGGAGUCCACAGAGAGCUGCUGGAACUGCGGUCGCAAGGCCAGUGAGACGUGCAGCGGCUGCAACAUCGCCCGCUACUGUGGCUCCUUUUGUCAGCACAAAGACUGGGAGAGGCACCACCGGAUCUGCGGCCAGGGCCUGCACGGGCAGAGCAAGCCGCUGGCUUUGCCCAUGGGGCGGUCUGCAACCAGCAAGGCCAUCGAUGGGGUCCCCAGCCCGGCCCUGGAGAAGACUUCAGCAACGACUUCCCGAUCCUCUACCCCAGCAUCUGUGACAGCAAUAGACACAAACGGACUCUAAGGAGAUAAAAUUUGGUUUCACAUUGUUUUUCCUGUGUUU